UUAGAGCAAUGCCCAGUCAAGGCUGAGCACGCUAAAGAGAUAUCGCCCGUGUGUAGCCACCUGCUUGCGUGGGCCUAUAGCCUACCUGCGAGCGUCCUUUAUCAACCUUGAUUAACAUGCUACUGUAAAUAUAGCUCAUCAUUAAGAAUCUGUAGUCUAUUGAACUGUGUCGCUUUAAAGGGGGCGUUCGGUUGCAUAUCCACAAUCUUCCAGAGGGUAAGCUACAGGCUAAACUGAAGAGGAGACUCAUUUGAAGCAAAAAGGUACAGCUCAGCAAACAGUGGGGCGCAAUGGGAGAGGCCGAGACGCGUCAGAAAUUGCUGCGCAAUGUGAAGAAAGAGGUGAAACAGAUCAUGGAGGAAGCAGUGACUCGGAAGUUUGUGCAUGCAGACAGCAGCCACAUCAUAUCUUUCUGUGCUGUAGUGGAGGCAUGUGUGCUACAUGGACUGAAGAGACGAGCAGCAGGUCUCCUGUGUAGUAAUAAGGUUGCAGCCCUCUUCAUGAAGGUGGGGAAGAGCUUCACCCCAGCUGAGGAACUCUGUCAAAAGGUCCACGAACUAGAGCAACUCAUUGAGACCAACAGACAGGCUCAACUGAAUAAUGGCAGUGUUCAAAAACAACCCAGAAUGACCAACCUCCCCCCUCAAGGAUUGAAGAAUCUAUGGAUACGAACUGCUCUCAUGGAGAAGCUUCUGGACAAGAUUGUCUUGUACUUAGUCGAGAACAGCAGUACUUUCUAUGACAGGGAGGCCAUUCUAAUGGAUCCUGUGGAUGGACCCAUCCUUGCCUCUUUGUUAGUCGGGCCCUGUGCUCUGGAGUACACCAAGGUGAAGACCGCUGACCACUUCUGGACAGACCCUUCUGCUGAUGAGCUGGUCCAAAGACAUCGCAUCCACAGCGGCCACUGUCGUCAGGACUCCCCCUCCAGGCGACCUGCCCUGAUCCAGAAGAGGCAGUCUAGCGGUAGUAUGGAGGACAGACCCAUCCUGUGGGCCCGGGACUACGUUGAGUCGCUCCAUCAGAACAACAGGGCUACCCUUCUUUUUGGGAAGAACAACGUUCUAGUCCAACCGAGGGACGACAUGGAGGCAAUCCCAGGGUACCUAUCUCUCCACCAGACUGCGGAUCUUAUGACCCUGAAGUGGACACCCAACCAGCUAAUGAAUGGAACUUUGGCUGAUGACACGGAAAAAAGUGUUUACUGGAACUUUGCCAUGACUAUUCGCCUAGAGGAGAUUGUUUAUCUGCACUGCCAUCAACAAGUGGACAGUGGUGGGACAGUGGUUCUGGUGAGUCAGGAUGGGAUCCAGCGCCCCCCCCUGCGGUUCCCUCGGGGAGGGCACCUGCUCCAGUUCCUGACCUGCCUGGAGACGGGCCUGCUGCCACACGGACAACUGGACCCCCCAUUGUGGUCCCAGAGGGGAAAGGGAAAGGUUUUCCCUAAGUUGCGGAAGAGGAGUCCUCAGGGUUCUGUAGAAUCAGUGUCAGACAAGGAGGAGGAUGAGGCUACUGAUUUUGUCUUUCGGAUCCUGCUCCCCGGAACUCCAUCAGACUUCGUGGCUCCAGAACUGAUGGACCAGGCAGUGAGCAUGUGGCAUCCCACCCCCAGGAAGUCCUCCUGUUUCUCCUGCUCCCAGAGCGGAUCUCCCGAUGGCUCACUCCCCAACGGCUGCAACCAGGACAGGGCUCCUCUGAAGCGCCUCUGUGACACCAUGAAGUACCAGAUAAUCUCCCGCGCUUUCUACGGCUGGCUUGCUUACUGUCGUCACCUGUCCACUGUUCGUAUCCACCUCUCUGCCCUGGUCAACCCCGCCAUCGUUGACCCUGACUUGCCUCACGAUGCCCGGGGAGGGCUCACUGUCGAUAUCUGGAGCAGCUUCCUCCACGACUUCUCCGCGUAUGAUGAGCACGAGCUUCUGCGCCUGGUGUAUUAUGGUGGUGUGGCCCCUGCCCUACGCAAGGAGGUCUGGCCUUUCCUACUGGGACACUACCACUUCGAUAUGACAGCGAAACGGAGGAUUGAGGUGGACGAGCAGGUGCGGGCCUGCUAUGAGCAGACUAUGAAGGAAUGGCUGGGCUGUGAGGCCAUCGUCAAGCAGAGUGAGCGUAAGAAGCAUGCUGAAGCCAUAGCCAAGUGCAACUCGGUGGCCAGUUUGAACAGACCAGAGCCAGUGCAGCGAGACUCCACGGUCAGCACCGACUCCUCACAAAGCGUUGCUUCAGACAAACCUAAUAUCCACUCACAGAGUUACUGCAGCCUUACCACACAGGCAUUUUGGUCCAUGGAGGAAAUGGAACAGAUUGAAUCCGAGACAAAGCCCGGUGAAAGUAAAGAUCGGUCCAAAACCAAAGGUGUACAAGAUGUGUCCAUACUAAAUGGUACCUCAGACUCUGGGGAUCCAUCCACCUGUAACAUCUCUGUAAACUCAGGUCUUUCAGAACAGCAGCACAGCACCAACCACAGUCCUGUGUCUGACUCACCUGUCAGAACAACAGCCACUCUGUCAUCACCCAAGUCAUCGCCUACCCAAGGAGCUACAUGUAACCCACAGGCCAGGGCUGACACACGUAUAGUUCAGACUGUUUUGGAAACAGAAGGGGAAACCAAAGGUUUUAAGUUGCCGAUACCAAUUGAUGACAAGGCUGCAUCAACCGGGGAAUCCAAAGCCCCAGAAAAUGAAAAGAUCUCUAAAUCCGUAGAAAUCAUGAAAACCUCAGAACAGGCUGAAGAGAAGGGAUCUGACAAAGAUGAUGUGCAGUCUUUGGGAAAUGUUGAAACGGAAAGAAAGAAAGUUACAGCAAUUGGUUUGUCUGAAGUUCCCGUCAUAGCAGACACAAAGCUUCCUGUGAGAGCAGCAUUUGCGUCUGAGAACACUGAUAUUCUAAAACUAGAAAUAGAGGUUUCAAAUGAAUACAUUCCAGCUCCGCCACUAGGCGAGGCUAUAGUUAGUAAAAUACAAGAGAAACACAAAGCCCCACCAAAGGAGCUCUGUCCCAUAGGGGCAUCCGUAACGGAAAACAACAAAGACUCAUUGUUAGGUGAGGCUGAUAUUUCAGAAAAAGAAGAGACAAAGUCUGACAUUGAAGAAAUUACCGAAUCCGAAUUGCAAAUGAUUAAAACCCCUCAAUCCAACAAGGCUUGUGUUUGUGCAAAAGACGUGUUUUGCGAAGUGGCCAACACCAAAACAUUAGACUCCGUUGAGGCCACAGUCCCUGAGAAAAACCAUAAGAAAGCCACAGAAAUGACGGUUGCCAUAGAGAAACCUGUCGAGCCCGUGAGGAAUCCAGCCCAGCCUGAGGCCAGGGCCGGUGUUAUAGCGACAGCCCACUCACGGCGAUCUCCGGAUACGCUAGAUUCUGAUGACUCACCCUCCGCCUUAGAGAUGGAGGACAUCCCAACAGCCUGGGCUAGACCCCUGUCGAGCCUGAUGGCACCCCCACCUGCCCCCUCGGCCCUGGGGAGAGUUGACUCAGGGGAUCCUGCGCUGGAUGCAAGCUCCAAGACUAGUACUGAUGGAACAGAGCUGACUUUGUCUGAGGAGGAACCCGAGAUGGAGAGUCUGUACCCCCAGUCUGAUUCUGUGGUUGUGUCAGAGGAAGUCAAACCUGUGGUCACACCAGGGACAGAGUCGCCUGCCGGGGCUACUUACUCUCCAGAGCAGUUGGAUUUGUACUUGCUCAACGUGCAUCGCAUUGAUAAGGAUGUGAGACGCUGUGACAGGACCUACUGGUACUUCACCCCGGGUAACCUGGAGAAACUUCGUAACAUCAUGUGCAGUUACGUGUGGCAACAUCUGGAGAUUGGCUAUGUCCAGGGCAUGUGUGAUCUGCUGGCUCCGUUACUGGUCGUUCUGGACGAUGAGGUCAUGGCGUUCAGCUGCUUCUCGGAGUUAAUGAAGAGGAUGAAUCAGAACUUCCCCCAUGGAGGAGCCAUGGACUCGCACUUUGCAAACAUGCGUUCCCUCAUUCAGAUCCUUGAUUCAGAGCUCUUUGAACUGAUGCAAAUGAAUGGAGACUACACUCACUUCUACUUCUGCUACCGCUGGUUCCUGUUGGACUUCAAAAGAGAGAUGGUGUAUGAUGAUGUGUUCUCUGUGUGGGAGACCAUCUGGGCGGCCACAUAUACCUCCUCCACACAUUUUGUCCUCUUCAUUGCUCUCGCAAUGGUGGAGAUGUACCGAGACAUCAUCCUGGAGAACAACAUGGACUUCACUGACAUCAUCAAGUUCUUCAACGAAAUGGCAGAGCAUCACAACGUUCCGCAGGUCCUAAUGAUGGCUCGAGACUUGGUCCUCAAAGUGCAGACACUCAUAGAAAAUAAGUGAUCCAGCAUGUGACUUUUCUUCUCCCUUUCAAUCAGUGUGCAAAACUGUGAAAAUUGAAAGUCACAUACAAAAUUGUAACUUGUAUUUGUAUGAAAGCUAACCAGAUUGACAAAUGCAUAGUCAAUAUUUUAAAAUCAUGCUUCUUCAUUACUUUCAUUCCUGAAAUCAUCAGGGGACCCAUUUUGAAACUAUAUAAUUACACUACAAUAAUUGCACAACGCAGUAUUUCUGUGUCUCAGUCUCUAAAAGCACUUUCCUAUGUUCAGGUAAUUAACAUUGUAACUAAUAUGUUUAUGAAUAAAUGUAAUUGUUCACUUAGUGAAUGUACCCUUUUAAAAACAAAAACUCUUUGCAUAUUGCUUCAGGAUGUUUUUGUAUUUGUUUUGCCUUAAAUUGAGCUACUUUGUGCAGGGAUAUUCUCAAUAUGAUAACCAAACGAGAUGUUGUUUGUACAUUGCCAUUGUGCACUUGCCAUCAGUUAGAACCAUUCACAAAAUAGAGGCAAUCCUCCCAACACAGCAGGAACAUUUUCCAAAACCCCUGGCUGUCUCUCAAACAUAAUGUCCAAUGUAUUGCAGUGUUUUUGAAUUAGUGCUUAAAUCUGUCUCUUUAUUACAUAUUCUCCUGAUCGGCUAAAUGUCAAUGUAUAUUGCUGUUGUACGGUAUUGUUAACUGUAUAAUUAUUUGUAACACAGGCUAAUGUUUAAAAGUACAUGUGAGUUUAAUAUCAGAUAUGUACACAUGUAGGCUACUGUACAUGUGAUUUGUUGCUUGAGAAUAGAGAAAAAUAAUCUGAGAACAUAUGUGCAAAUUAGAAAAAUAUUAUUUUCUUUAUGUAUUCUUAAACAGUUUAUUGUUGCUAUUACUUUGCUGUGUAUUAAACAAUCAGUAUAUUUUGGAUUCAG